AUUCUGAGAUUUUAAAGACUGCACGCAACUUCAUGAACAAAAUACAGGAUUAACAUUUUCUGACAGAAAAUUUAAAUUCCAGUUUUAAAAUCUUCAGGGAGUAAUUAAAUAAUCUUGAGUGGAAAAAAAAAAUUAGUUGCAGAUCUUAGUUUUUAGGUCUGAAAAAAUGGAGUAAAUGGCUUCCUGCUUGCGUAGCAGGAAAGUUUGCCUUUAAGUAAGAAAUUAUCUGUAAAAUACCUUUGAACUCUGUGGAGGGAAGUUGCUGCACACAUUCAAUGGCAAGGUAAUUAUUACAAGCUCCCAGUAUUAGGCUGUUUUUUUCCCAAUACUUCCUCAGUUUUGAAAUAUUAUAUGGGUUACUUGAUUUGUAUUUUUUUCAUACCUGCAGAAGUUAGGGUGCAUUUUUUUGACAGGAGUGGGGAAGUAUUGUAGAAAAUAAUUUUUAUCAUAAUGGAGUAUGGCAGGUUAUGUGACUGUGAGGUUCAGAAUUGUGAAUCAUCUCUUGUGUGUUUUCAAGUAAAUAAAGGCAAUCUGCCCACGGGGCAGAACAAAAAAAAAUCUACAAACUACAAACUCCGUCCAAUCACAUAAAGACAAAUCAGCCUUCAGGCAAAUCAAAUGUCUUCAUUCAAAGUCUACCUGGAUUUGGCACUCUGCCCAUCGUUUCAAAACCUCUUAACAAUACACUUCACAAAUAGUUAAAAACAUGUAUACUGAAAAGCCUACUUUUGCAAUGUUAUUUUUAAAAACAAGGAACUCUUUAACCCAGGGAAGAUAAUCACUUGGGAAAAAGAAGGUUUGUUUCUGAGUUAGCAACAAGUAAAUGCAGCACUAGUGGGUGGGAUUGAGGUGUGCCCUGGUGCAUAAAUAGAGACUCAGCUGUGCUGGCACACUCAGAAGCUUGGACCGCAUCCUAGCCGCCGGCUCACACAAGGCAGGUGGGUGAGGAAAUCCAGAGUUGCCAUGGAGAAAAUUUCAGUGUCAGCAUUCUUGCUCCUUGUGGCCCUCUCCUACACUCUGGCCAGAGAUACUACAGUCAAACCUGGAGCUAAAAAGGACACAAAGGACUCUCGACCCAAACUGCCCCAGACCCUCUCCAGAGGUUGGGGUGACCAACUCAUCUGGACUCAGACAUAUGAAGAAGCUUUAUACAAAUCCAAGACAAGCAACAAACCCUUGAUGAUUAUCCAUCACUUGGAUGAAUGCCCACACAGUCAAGCUUUAAAGAAAGUGUUUGCUGAAAAUAAAGAAAUCCAGAAAUUGGCAGAGCAGUUUGUCCUCCUCAAUCUGGUUUAUGAAACAACUGACAAACACCUUUCUCCUGAUGGCCAGUAUGUCCCCAGGAUUAUGUUUGUUGACCCAUCUCUGACAGUUAGAGCCGAUAUCACUGGAAGAUACUCAAAUCGUCUCUAUGCUUACGAACCUGCAGAUACAGCUCUGUUGCUUGACAACAUGAAGAAAGCUCUCAAGUUGCUGAAGACCGAAUUGUAAAGAAAAAAAUCUGCAAGCCCUUCUGUCUAUGUCAGGCCUUGAGACUUGAAACCAGAAGAAGUGUGAGAAGACUGGCAAGUGUGGAAGCAUAGUGAGCACACUGAUUAGGUUAUGGUUUAAUGUUACAACAACUGUUUUUUAAGAAAAACAAGUUUUAGAAAUCUGGUUUCAAGUGUACAUGUGUGAAAACAACAUUGUAUACUACCAUAGUGAGCCAUGAUUUUCUUAAAAAAAUAAAUCCUUUUGGGGGUGUUCUGUUUUUUCCAACUUGGUCUUUCACAGUGGUUCGUUUACCAAAUAGGAUUAAACACACACAAAAUGCUCAAGGAAGGGACAAGACAAAACCAAAACUACUUCAAAUGAUGAAGACCAAAGACCAAGUUAUCUCAUCACACCACAGGUUCUCAGUAGAUGACUAUAAGUAGACCUGAGCUUAAUCAACAGAAGUAUCAAGCCAAGUGCUUUAGCAUAAAA